AUGGUGAGGCCGUGUACUUCAGCAUCCAUGAGCCAGCAUAUAGGGAAACUCUACAGAUCUGCAGUGUCUUUAUUCAUCAUCUUCUCGGUGGUGGAUGUGGGAGCUACUGGUGGAGGUACAAACAAGGAGAAUGGAGCAGCUGUGAGUCAUGUAACAGCACAGCCUUUGUUGUUGACACCUGAGCCGUGGAACCUUUUGGUGACUCAAACACCAGCCAAGGAGAAAGCCAAAGAGGGUGAAACUGUGGUCUUGAAUUGUCAUCUUAACAGUCUACAGCAUCUCUCCCUGACCAACCUGAUGGUGAAGUGGUACAAAGAAGAUGAAAAGGGGCAGAUGGACCUCCUAGAAAAGAAUGUGACAAUCUUGCCAAAUAACUCCAGGAUCUUCAUGAGUGAAGACUUGUCUCAAGGGGAUGUUUCCCUGAUUAUCCUCAAUGUGACAACCAGUGACCAUGGUAUUUAUUUCUGUGAGGUUACACUUCCGGACGGGAAGGUGGUAACAGGAGGUGGCACAAAGCUCAGGAUCAGGAGGGCUCUGGGCUUAUUUGGUAUAGAAGAAUCCAUUGGAACAAUCAUUGGGGUUGUGGCAGCUGGUGUUGGAGGCAUAGUGGUUCUGAUCAUUGUUUUAACCCCGCAGCUGAGGAAGUGCAUCCUCUGCAUGAGGCAAGAGUCUUGCCCAAGCUUGAGGUGCAGCAUUACAGGAGUUGCUGGGAUACGCAAAGCCUGCAAGUGGAACAACUUCUGA